UAUCGCGAUAGCCGCUUGCUAAUCACUACGUAAUGUGCCGUGCUGCUUCUAGCGGCGCUGGUGACAGUGCUGAAAGCUGUUGGGUAUGAAGUGAAACGGAACUGAAUUUUUGUACCAUCCGCAACUGCUUCAAGUUCAGAUCAUAACAAAGAAACUGAAGAGAAACCUCCCAAAACAAGCAAAGUUGCAACACUGAAGACACGUGGAAAAAAAAAAAGGAUCACUUCAUCCUGAAACGGCCAAAGAAGACACACAUCAGCCCAAUUGAAACACGCAGAAGAGAAGCAAUCCAAUGCCCAAGCAUUUUAUGAGAAGACAAUAACUGAUCUGAAACCAGAAGUUUGUGCCUACUCAACAGCUUUGACAAAGCACACGUCCCAACGCUGCUCCUAGCCCUCCUCAUCCUCACCACACCACCGUCUCACCACCGGGGUGUGGAGUGGGCUGCUGUCUGCUAGUUUUUUUUUUUCCCCCAUAGUUCCCCCAUCUUUCCCUCCCUCUUCUCCUCCCACUGUUUUCAUUGUAUUUUUUUUCUAAGCAGUGUUAUUGCACCUGCGUUUGCCUUUUUGCGCUAGAUUUCUCCCCCUUUUUUGCUUUAUGCAACCAUCUAGAACUUGUGCCAGAAACCUGUAACAAGUGUGUGUGUGUGUGUUCAACUGUGUGCGUGAAGAGAUCUGCAGGAACUGCAUAGUCAUCGAGAUCCUGAGAAUCACAAGAUUCAAGACGACUAAUAAAGACAUCCAGCGGUGUAUCAUUGGGUGGUUGCAUAAAUAUAGUACUUAACAGUCAAGCAAAAAAUUCAAACAAGUAAUCAAGUUCAGCAAGUGCUCAAGCAAGUUUGGUCCGAGUUUAUGGGAAAAUAUGGGCAGCCCCUGGAAAGGCUUUGUUGAGUUUACCUUGCCUGCGUCGCCACCCACCGCGUUUGUUAGCGCUGACCUGAGCAGCACCUCCCCUGUCGGACUCAGCCUGUCGCCAUAUGGCCGAUCCAUGAGUUUUGACCCAGGUAUGCUCCAUAACAAUGGGCACACUGCAUACGCCAACGGCACAGGGCCUGGCAUUAGAGAGACAGGCGUGGUGGAGAAGCUUCUGACUUCCUAUGGCUUCAUCCAGUGCUCCGAACGCCAGGCUCGUCUCUUCUUCCACUGCUCCCAGUACAAUGGUAACCUGCAGGAGCUUAAAAUAGGAGAUGAUGUAGAGUUUGAGGUAUCCUCUGACAGGCGCACUGGCAAGCCCAUAGCAGUGAAGCUGCUUAAGAUAAAGCCAGAGGUGCUGCCAGAGGAGCGCAUCUCGGGCCAGGUGGGGCCAGACCUGCACGCCUAUCCCUUUACUGUGCUGCAUGGUUAUAUUCAUCCAGUUGUCUCAGCAAUCCCAGUGCACUUGGAUGGAAAGUCUGCUCCUGGCCAGGUGCCCACCGGAAGUGUUUGCUAUGAAAGAAAUGGGGAAGUGUUCUACCUUACCUACACUCCUGAUGAUGUAGAGGGUAACAUCCAUCUGGACACCGGUGACAAAGUCAGCUUUUAUAUGGAGACCAACAAGCAUACUGGUGCAGUCAGUGCUCGUAAUAUUCAACUUGUGAAGAAAAAGCAAAUGAGGUGCCAGGGGGUGGUGUGUGCUACAAAGGAGGCAUUUGGAUUCAUUGAGAGGGCUGACGUGGUGAAGGAGAUCUUUUUUCACUACAGCGAGUUCAAGGGUGAUCUGGAGGCUCUGCAGGCUGGAGAUGAUGUCGAGUUCACCAUCAAAGACAGAAAUGGUAAAGAAGUAGCCACAGAUGUGAGGCUGCUCCCCCAAGGAACAGUCAUCUUUGAGGAUAUCAGCAUUGAACAGUUUGAAGGCACAGUCGUCAAGGUCAUUCCCAAGGUUUCCACCAAAAACCAGAACGACCCUCUUCCAGGUCGUAUCAGUGCCCGGAUCGGUUUCAGUGACAAGGAGCUGCCAUUUGGGGAAAAGGACACCAAGUCCAAGGUGACCCUUUUGGAGGGGGACCACAUACAGUUCAACAUCUCCACCGACCGCAGAGACAAGCUGGAGAGGGCUACCAACAUAGACAUCCUUCCAGACACAUUCAACUUCACUAAGGAGACUCGUGAAAUGGGGGUGAUUGCAGCUAUACGUGAUGGCUUUGGCUUCAUUAAAUGUGUGGAUCGGGAUGCCAGGAUGUUCUUUCACUUCAGUGAAGUCCUGGAGGAGAGCCAACUGCACAUCUCAGAUGAAGUGGAGUUCACUGUUGUGCCUGAUAUGCUGUCAGCUCAGAGGAACCAUGCAGUGCGCAUCAAGAAGCUGCCCAAGGGCACUGUGUCCUUCCAUACUCAGUCUGAGCAGCGCUUUGCUGGUGUGGUGGAGAAGGAAAUUGUGGCAGCGAACGCCAAAAAUGCCAGUCCCAACAAGAACAAGGAGAAGAAAAAAGACAAGGGGAAAGUUGUAGAAAAGGAAUCUGAGGAAGGAGUGAUUGCAUAUGAAGACUGUGGAGUGAAGCUCACUGUGCAAUACCAUGGCAAGGACCUGGAGGGAGGAUGUCACCCACAGGUCGGAGACAAGGUGGAGUUCUCCAUCAAUGAAGUGAAGAGAACAGGCCAGCAGAGUGCAGUCUCCAUCAGGGUCCUCAACCGAAACGCCUCCAAUGCCAAGAGACUGCAAGGAUUUGUUGCCACACUGAAGGACAACUUUGGCUUCAUUGAGACAGCAAAUCAUGACCAGGAGAUUUUCUUUCACUACAGUGAAAUGUGUGGAGACUUGGAGAACUUGGAGCUUGGUGACACAGUGGAGUACACUCUUUCUAAGGGAAAAGGAAACAAAGUCAGUGCUGAAAAGGUUACCAAAGUGGCUGCAGUGAACGGCGUUGGUGAGGAUGUUGGUGUAACAGUGAUGAUGGGGAAAGUCAUCCGUCCCUUACGCAGUGUGGACCCGUCCCAGACAGAAUACCAAGGGCUUAUUGAAAUCACAGAGGAAGGUGGAACUAAAGGUCAGAAUUAUCCCUUUGGAAUCAUGGGCAUGGCAAACAAGGCCGAUUGUCUACAGAAAGGAGAACUUGUCAAGUUCCAGGUUUGCACAAUAGCUCAGACUGGACAGAAGAUGGCCUGUAAUGUGGUCCCCCAGCGUAGAGCCAUGGUGGAGUGUGUCAAAGACCAGUUUGGCUUCAUCACAUACGAAGUAGGUGAGAGCAAGAAGCUUUUCUUCCAUGUAAAAGAAGUGCAGGAUGGCCUGGAGCUCCAGACCGGGGAUGAGGUGGAGUUCUCAGUUGUCCUCAAUCAACGCACAGGAAAAUGUAGUGCCUGCAACGUACGCAGAGUCAGUGAGGGGCCAAAACCAGUGGUGACUCCGCGUCCUGACCGCCUAGUGAACAGACUGAAGAGCAUCACCCUUGAUGACGCCAGUGCUCCUCGGCUGGUCAUUGUAAGACAGCCCCGUGGUCCUGACAAUUCAAAGGGCUUCAAUGUGGAGCGCAAGACUCGCCAGCCUGGUGUCAUUGACUGAGCAAUAUAGAGCCCGCCCUGUUUGGUGUUGGUGGGAUGCUGUCUCAAAGGGCAACAGCAGGGGACAAGGGAAUUUGAUUUGUCACAUGCUUGUACACACCAACUCAUACACAAAACAUACGCACACAUACAGUAACUGGCAUGUGUAAUCUUUGUCCUUAUCAAUACUUGCGAGGGAACUUUGCUCAUUCCACAGUUCCCUGCCUUCCCAUGUAUGAUGUACUUGAUACUGAGUUCCACACUGCAGUGUACAUGGGAUAUCUGAGUGUGUGCGUGUGUGAUGUAUCCUAGAAGUGAUUAUAGUGUGUAAUGGAGGUAUUUGUUUCUGAGGGCCUUGUCUCUCUAAAUCAGAGUGAUGAUUGUGUGACUGUCUAUGUCCCUAUCUUUUUAUUUUUGCUUUGUCUGGAAUUCUGCACCUGUUAUUUGUCUAAUAGUUUGCCUGGAUGAAUGAACGUGACUGUUGGCAUGUCUUUGAGCAUCUGCUCCUUUUUUUUUUUUUUUCGUAUAUUUUUGCUCCUUUACCCAUGGAAACUUAAAAUGGUUUCAUUGUCAAGUUUCCACUAGCGUAUGCUUUCCGACAAAACACAUAAAGCAAAGCAAAGUUCCCUCCAUAAGGAGGAUCCUAUUUCUCAUAUGUGCGAGCUUAAACUGAGGAUUCUUCUCUGCUCCGUUUUUUGAGCAGUUUUAAAAUGCUUUACUGAAGAGCUUAAGUGAAAGCAUGGUGUGUAUGUGUGUGUGAUGUAUGUGAAUGUCAAAGUAGUUAAUCUAAUGGGAUUUACUUUCACCAAUCUGGAGCCUUUAGAUACCUUUUUGGUAUUCACAUGCUCCACUUAAGCAAUGUCUCCCAGGUGCAGAAUUCCUUGUGGCAUCUUAUAUCUGCAGUUCUUUUAUACUGUUUUUUUUUUUUUUUUUUUUUUUUUUUCUUGCACAUAUUUUUGCUUUUUUCCCUUGAAACUCAAUCUGCUAAUAUUGAAUUAAGUAAGAAUAAGGUGCCUAAAAAAAAAACUACAAGCAAAAUAAAAUGGAGAAAAAAAACAACAAAAAAAUGUAUCCUCUGUUCCCAGCCAACCGCCAAAAUAUUCAGAACAAUCUUAGGGUGGCUUUCUUUUCUAGUAGAAAUAAUACUGAUAUGCAUCCCAAACCUGUGGGUUGAACUAUACUGUAUGUAAUGUGUGCUUUUUUUCUUAGUGAAAGUUCAAACUUCAGAUAUAACAAAACAAAUUUAACUUAAAAAAUGGUGAAAGUAUUAUAAAUUCAGUUUAAAAAAAAAAAAAAGCAAGCAUUAAGAAUCAGGAUAUCAAUUGUUGUGCUCUGGAGACAUGGUGGGUGUUAUGCCUCUGCACAUUACAUUACAGACUAAAUUAAUUUCAACUUUGGAGAUCACUGGGUUUCAGUUGAACCACGUACAGAGGUUCUUAUGUACUUUUGUUAAUGGUCUUGAAUGAAACAAUUGAAUUAAAGUUUUAUGAAAAUCA